AUGGCGGUAAUAAGCGCGCAGCCAAAGAGUUGCAGCAAAAGCCCGCUGAAUGUUUAUCUUCAUCGCAAUACUCACCGUUUAUUCUGUCUGAACACCUACGAAGGCGAUUCGCCAGACGAAGACGAAGAUGACGACGAUGCGGAUGACUUCAAUGAAGAUUUCCUUUCUGCCGAAGAAGCUGAAGAUGAUUUUAAUUCAGAUGUUCUGGAUGACGAUAACAAUGACAAUCAAGGAGGGAAUAAAGAGGACGGAAGCGAGCGAAGUCAGGAUCAAGACGACCAGGACUUGUUUGAUGAGUUCUCCGACAGUCUCACCGAGCUAAGAGUCGGCAAGAAACUCUAUCAGAGCGGGGAAGAGUGCUCAGGUGGUACGGACGACGAAACUGGUGGUGAAGCCAAGUCAAUGGGCGACGAUGAUUGGAGUUGUUUCUCGUACGUUGAAUAG